UAUGAAUGUGUAGUGUUGUGAAAUGGAGAGUGGUCUUCGUUCUAAAAAAAAUUCACUCGGAUCGAUAAGAAGGAGCUACAAAUAUUGAACAUUGCGAGAAAUCUACUAGGUAGUUGUUGUCAUCUUUACAAAAUCGUGUGUGAAAAAUGGCCGCUCGUUUCUGCAUGCUUACCUCUGGGCUCGUGGUAUCCGCCGCGCACGGGGUUUUCUCUAGCGAUGCGGUUAAAAAACAUGAGAACCAAGACUCACAGUUAACGUCAGCUGAUGGUGCUCAGGGCGGUCUCGCCGGUGCUUUUCACAAUGUUCAUGUAGAUGCGUCACAACUCCGGUCCCUUCCUCCUCGGGAAAAAAGUAUUGCUAGCCCCUCUGCAUGUUCGGAUAUGGUGGAUACGCCAACCCUUGGAAACGAUGGCGCAGAUAGCCAUAGCGCGUCCACGGCAGCGAGCAGCCCGGGAACCUCGCCAACUUUGAAAUCUGAGAAAGAUCCGCAGGAACACAACGCUGAGGAGGAGGAUCCUCACGCUGAACAGAGUCCUCAACUCGAACCGUCAUGGUGCGUCUGGAUCGGAAGUAUGUUCUCAUUCUCUGAUAUAUUCAGUCUCGGUUCGGAUGAUCAGGCAGCUGCGGAGAGUACCUCCAUCAACUCAACAACACCCUCAUCUAGCCUGGACGACCAACUCGCACAGCGUAUGAAAUCUCUACACCUCAGUAGCUCCUUGCCAACAGAGGGCUUUGCCUUGGAGGAAGAAGCAAGAGCUUGGGUCUUGGACCAACUGAGUCACAUGGACGUCGAAAAACCAAAUGAAAAAAAAUAUCCAAACCACGACAAGGCUGAAAUCCAGGGUGGCGCAAGGCUCUAUACGAAUAAGGUGAAGGAAAUCGCGUUGCUUCUCGCGCCAUUAAUGAAGGAGCAGAGGGAGAAGCAGGUAGAAAACAAAACCAAACUCAAAAAAGCAGCUUCACAACCUUCUUCAGAUCCGGAGAUGAUCGUGGACGAUCAAGACUUAGCAGUUCUAGAAGACGUCGCGAAUACUGUCCAACUCAACAAAACAACGCCUAAUGAUCACUUUGUCCAGGGGGAUGGCGGGUCAUGCUCUGUGGCAGUGCACUCACUCUCACAACAUGAAGGCCAAGCAGGUGAAGAACACGGUGCUGCAUCUUCAAGUAGUAAUGUCAGUGCUGUUGAUGCAAAGCACGAGGAAGAUGAGGAGGAGCAGGAGGACGGCCUGUCCCGUUACUGCACCUGGAAUCGGGAGGAUCACACCACACUUCAGCGGGGACGUGCACUUCCGUCACACCUGCUUCACCAAGCGAUGCAGGCCGGCGGUACUGGCAUUUCGUAUGCAGAUGUGCCGCUGACACCCCAGGCGAAAAAGAAUGCAAGCUCAGAAUUAAAAGUCUUUGAAGCUGCUCCUGGCUCCUUCCUCGCAGCAUCGCCAAUCAUGAAAGCUCGAGCAACGCCAGCGUUGACUGCACCACCCGGACAAGCUGGUAUCGCAGCUGCCGCUGCGCCGGGUGCUCCUCCCUCGGUUGCAAGAGGAGAUCCAAUAGUCGCUGCUUCGUCGUCCGCGUCAUCUUUUUCUGGAGAGGUCCAGAAGACCAACAGCGAAAGCACUUCUACAACUGCGAACCUCGAGGACGAUGCCAUUCGAAUCCACGCAUGGGAUGUUGUUGACUACGUGGAGACGAAGCUGUCCUUGAGCGUCAUUUUAGAACAACAAGAGGAGGCGACUACAACUAGUGCGGGAAUGGGCAGCAGCAGGCCGCUCCCUUCGGAUUGGAUGCGGUGUGGGUCACUACGGAACUUUCUCUUGGAUCCAAAUCGGCGAACAAGCCCUCUUGCAUCAGAGAACGUCUGGAUUUGGGCUUACCGCUGUCAGCCGGGGCAAGACGAAAAGGACGCGCUGCGGGUAGCUAGCAAAAAUUUUCGUGCUCGAUUAGACGCGCUGCGAAGAAAAUGGAGCGCUCGGCUUCUUAAGUUUCAGGAGAAGAUCGCAAACCCCAUCUCCGACGCGGACAUCGACACGGACUCGCUUGUGCAAGCGGAAAGUGAUCCAGAGAAGAGAGAACAACUUCGCGCCGUCGUCUGCGAUCGAGCUCGUGUCUCCGCAACAAAUCUACACGGGCGCGUGCGGGACACCGUGGAGGAGAUGACAGGUCUUAUUGAGGAUUUGAUGAGUGAAGCAGACCACGACCAGCAGGCAUUGCGGAAGCGCUUUGGCCAAGCACAGGACUACUGCGGUGUGCAGUCGGUGACGCGACCGGCGGCGAAAGCGAGCAAUGCAGACAAGGCACGCAUAGCUUUCCUGAAGAGCUUCGAAUCCGUCAUCAUGGAUCACAGACUGGAGGAUGCUUACGAUCUUGAACAAGGUGCCGCGGAUGCUAUCAAGCACAGGCUUUCACUGCGUGUCAAGAAGGCUCUACAAGACGCACGAAACGCGGAAAACAAGUUCGAGACCAAAUAUGAAGUGUCUCGACAAGAUCGAAUGGCAAAUAGUUAGUUCUUCACUUGCCGGAAAAGCUUACUUAACUUACUUAAUAUGAAUCUAUAAUAUGAAAUAUCUAUCAAAAAUGAAUAACGUUCAGCACAGCACAUGCUGAGUUCGUGAAUAGGUCAUUGUUGAGUAUUUUCCCUACACCAUCGCCUGAUUCUUACAACAACUUCGAAGAUCGUGUCUAUACGUAUUUGUACCAGUUAAUUCUUGUGAUGAUUCACGACUGGGAGAAAUAUGUUUAAUGCGAUCACUGAAGUACUAGAGAAGUUGUGCAACUUCUAUUGAAAAAUUGCUCUUCCUAGCAUAUUAGCUUCGCUACGUUUAUUAACCUAUCAUUUAUCAAAAUGUUUGCACAAAUGUCAACGAGAAUUACGUUUCAUAAUUUCAACACACGAAGGGCGUUAGUACCCUUCAGGUGAAGCUGAAGCGAAUGAAAAUCCGCAUUCCACCACUAAGAAGAAUGGAACACAACCAACGUGAAAAUAUUGCAAAAAUGCAUCACGAUAGUUUUGGAUCUAGCAGCGCCCGUGCUGUCGUGUGAGACUCGCACACAGAGCGAGCGGGAUGCCACCUGGUGUCUCUUAGAAACUAGGCCUGGCAUCUUGAAAGACGCACAGCGAUUCAGGCUGUGCUUGAGGGAAGGAACUCGCGGGAACUGUGGCGAUGUGUGUGCAUAAUGAACAUGGAGGUGUAAUUUCAAUCCAAUUCCCAGAGAUGAUAGCGAGCAUCACGAGAGCGACAAUAGGCGCGCAGCACAGGGGAUAACAGAGAAGACGCAAAAAUCGGUAGGACACGGAUAAUCAGGCAUCGGUCGUUGCUUUUGUAUGUCUGACCAGGCUCAGCUGUGUCUUUUCUCUGUUAGAUGCGGACUGUUGGAAAUACUUUUUAAGUAAGUACAUGUGUGUGAACUUGUAGACAAGUAGGCAACAAAAAA